CUGCUAGAAUAUAAAUACAUUCGGGAAACCUGCUCAAACUCUCGCAUCCAUCUUCCCCAGACCCAUCCAUAGGAAGCAAGCCCAGCCUGACAGCAAAAGCAGCUCGUCCACUCGCUUAUUGAAACUCGCUCACGCCCACCAUGCAUCCCCACGUCAUCAAGCUGCUCACCGUCGGCCAAUUGGCUGGACUCGUCGCUGCCACUCCCCAAGUCGGCCCUGUUGCUGAAGGAUACUCCAAGAGAUCCCCUCUGGGCAUCAGCCUACCGCCCCUGAUCCCCUCUAUUCCCGGCGUCACCGUGCCUCUUGUGGAUGCCGCGCCACCACUGCCCAUUCUCCAGAUCCCCACGCCACCUCUCGACAGCCCCCCCUUUGAGGUUACCGAGAUUCGCCCCAAGAAGAUUGGUUACUUCUGGACUGGUGCUGGUGACAACCACCACAAGGAUUUCUUGGCUACCGUUAGUCUUGAUGAUGACACCUUUGGUACCAUCAUUCACCUUUCUGAUGUGCCCACCAGCGGAAACAGCCCUCACCACUUGGGUACUUCCCUCGAUGGCAAGACCCUCGUAGGCGGUGGCCUGCUGUCUCUGCUGAAGACCCAGGAUACCGCCUUCUACUGGGACACUAGCGACCCUUACCACCCCAAGUUUUCUCACAGCAACCGUGCUAUUCUCAGCUCCAUCACUGAUGAGAUCCGUGCUAAGCCUGAAGGUGGUUUCUUCAUCACCUACAUGGGCAGCGCCCUUGGCACCUCUCCCGGACGUCUCGUCGAGACUGAUGCUGGCGGUAACAUCAUCCACGAGUGGCCCGAGGAUGUCCCCGGUGUUCUCAACAUCCUUGAGGAGCAGUUCAGCCCCCACGGUCUGUCUGUCAACUUUGAAAAGGACAUUAUGCUCACCUCCGACUUUGUCGUCCCCCUGAGCAUUCUCAAGCCCGUCUCUGCCUUUGGUAUCAAGAAGGCCAACACUCUGCGCCUCUGGAACCUUGCUGCUCGCACCAUAAUAUCUACCAUUGAGAUUCCUUCCGGUGGUGGUAUUCAAGAUGUCAAGUUCAUUCCCGGUAACGAGGAGAGCGCUGCUCUUGCCACUGCUGUCCACCCCGGACAAGUGUGGAUCAUCUACCCCUUCCGCAAGGAUGCCAACGGUAAGCAGGGUGUCGCUGAGCUUCUCUACGAUCUCGGUGAGAAGGCCAAGGACUCCGUUGCCAUCUACUCCGACUUGACCGACGACGGCAAGUUUGCCUACUUCACCCUCACUCUCGGCAACCACGUCGCUGCUCUCGACAUCUCCGACCUCAACAACGUCAAGCGUCUCGACGACCCCAGCAUCCAGCAGCCCAUCAUUGGCCCUCACUACAUCAAGGUGUCUCCUGACAAGAAGAACCUCUUGGUUACCGGCUACUUUGUCCAGGCUGGCGACAUUUCUGUUCUCAACACUCCCGGAGACUACAAGGGACACUGGAUCGACAUUCUCCCCGACGGUUCUCUCAGCUUCAACCGCACUAUCGAUUUUGAGACCAUCUUUACCCGUACUCGCGGUGGUGCUCGCCCUCACUCUGCCGUCAUUUUCGAUCUCUCGGACCCCGACCACCCCAAGUACUACUAGACGGCGCGGAUGGUUUGCAAAUAAUUUGACACAUGGCUAUGAUCUACAUUCACUUCUUGGUAACGGCGCCUUGUUCCGUUGUCGCAGCUUCAGUCCUUUACAGAUGAGAUGCCGUUUCGUAUUUACAAUUUUCUCUAUAUAAGUUUUUAUUCUACCUAAAAGAUCAUCCGAAUUUAUAAUCUCUCUUCCCACAUCACCAACUACU